AUGCCGCCCACUGAAAACCCCACCACGAAUUCUCAUUCUAAUUCCAAAUCAGAAGCUGAGUAUGAAGAGAUUGUUCAAAACUCAGAUGUUUUCUCGCAAAAGCUUCAGGACUUUCACGUUCUCCAUGGCACCAAAUUUAGGAUCCCCACUCUGGGAGGAAAUCCUUUAGACCUACAUCAGCUUUUUGUGGAGGUGACCUCUCGAGGUGGCAUUGAAAAGGUUAUUAGAGAUCGUAGAUGGAAGGAAGUUACUGGGGCCUUCGAUUUCCCUUCUUCUAUAACAAGUGCAUCAUUUGUUUUGCGGAAAUACUAUCUGUCAUUGCUUUAUCACUUCGAACAGGUCUAUUAUUUUCGGAAAGAAGGAUCGUCUAUCUCAGUGGCUGAUCAGGCAGGCAGGAUUCUCAAUGGAUCAACAUCGCCACAUGCUUCUCGUGAUGGUGCGACAUCAUAUCAACGUUCAGUUAGCCCUAACCUGGAGGACGGCAGCUUAGUCACUGGAACAAUUGAUGCCAAAUUUGAUUUUGGAUACUUAAUUACUGUGUGCUCGGACUCUGGGAAUUUGCAAGGUGUCCUAUAUCAUAAUCCUGUGGAACCAAAUGUAUUCCAUAGUCAUACUUCUUCUGCCGACCCCGCUCAAAAAAGAGAUAUCAGCAAAAAAAUUGGGGAGUUGUGGAAUGGACUCACUGAAGCUGAAAAACAGGUUUAUCAGGAAAAAGGGUUGAGAGAUAAGGAAAGAUACAAAGCUGAGAUGUUGGAGUACAAAUCUUCAGGUCACCAUUUUCAAGCUCAAUAG